AUGAAGAUGCAAAUGUUGCUGAAGCCAACGAGCAACGACGCCGCUAGAGGCGACCAGAUCGACACCGAAGCCUACAGCUGCUUUGCCAGAUCCAUCGUCUCCAUCCUUCUCGAGUUGUCGCACGGUUCUGCGGUAUGCCACUGGAACAAGAAGCGCGGAAAGAACUAUGCCGAUGAACAAACCAACGAAGCAGAUAUUGGAUAG